UAAUGUUCAUCAUUUUUGGUGCUAUCUUCACCGAUAUUAAAAAUUUAGUUGAAAAAUCGCUGCCAACAUGAUGUAAUUGUCAGAUGGUUGUCAAGUUUGACACGUGAGAGAAGUGCUCUAGGAGUGUUCUUUUCAAAGCAAAAAUGGGCGAAACCAAGCCGGUCGAAAACACUGAAAAGGCUGAUAGUAAAAAGGCAGCCAAGAAAGAGGCCAAAAAGGCCGAAAAAGCGGCAAAAAAAGCUGAACACAAAGCCGCCAGUGGACAGUCACAGUCUGUUGUUGCUGAUGAAAAUGAUGUAUCUGUUGGAAAAUAUGGGAAUUUGCCGUUAAUCCGGUCCGAUAGCACUAACACUAAUAAGGACCGCAAAUUUAUUUAUGUCAAAGAGUUAAAUAAAUCUCUUGCCGGUAAUGAUGUUUGGGUGAGGGCUAGGCUUCACACUGUCCGUGCCAGGGGAAAGCAGUGUUUUAUCGUCCUCAGACAAAGGGAGUUUACCGUCCAGUUACUUCUGAAUGUCUCUGAGACAGUUUCGAAAUCUAUGGUCAAGUUUGCAAGCAACAUCACGAAAGAAAGCAUCAUUGAUGUGGAGGCCAAAGUAGUGCAAGUUCCGACUCCAAUCGCUGCCUGUUCCCAGCAAGACGUGGAAUUGUUGGCGUCGCAAAUUUGGGUUGUCUCGGCCUCAGCCCCCCAACUGCCUUUACAGAUUGAGGAUGCAAGCAGGCCGGAAAAGGGCGACGAGGCAGAAGGGCUCAAUAUUCGGGUCAACCAAGACACUAGAUUGGACAACCGGGUCCUAGAUUUACGCACACCGACCAAUCAGGCGAUUUUCAGGCUAGAGGCCGGCGUUUGCCGCCUUUUCAGAGAAGUUUUAACAAGGAAAGGAUUUACGGAGAUUCACACGCCGAAAAUAAUUCCUGCCGCGUCUGAAGGCGGCGCCAAUGUCUUCACAGUCAGUUAUUUCAAAGGGUCGGCAUAUUUGGCUCAAAGUCCGCAACUGUACAAACAAAUGGCAAUAGCGGCCGAUUUCGAUAAGGUUUUUACGAUUGGGGCCGUUUUCCGCGCUGAGGACUCCAACACCCACCGCCACUUGACCGAAUUCACAGGCCUUGACUUAGAAAUGGCCUUCAACUAUCACUAUCACGAAGUGAUGCUUUUGAUUGGGAAUUCGUUCACUGAAAUUUUCAAAGGACUGCGUGACCAAUACCAGACUGAAAUUCAGAUAAUCGGUCAACAAUUCUCAGUCGAGCCUUUUACUUUCUUGGACCCUCCCCUAGUUUUACACUUUGACGAAGGGCGCAGACUUUUGGGGGAAGCCGGGGUUGAAGUGGGGCCCGAAGAGGAUUUGAGUACACCUGCUGAAAAGUUGCUAGGGCGGCUGGUGAAAGCCAAAUACGACACCGAUUUUUACAUCUUGGACAAGUAUCCAUUGGCUGUGAGGCCGUUCUACACCAUGCCGGACCCAGAGACACCCAGGUCCUCAAAUUCGUACGAUAUGUUUAUGAGGGGUGAGGAGAUCCUGAGCGGGGCUCAGAGGAUUCACGAUCCGCAGUUGUUGACCGAACGGGCCAAACAUCAUGGAAUUGAUUUAAAGAAAAUUGCUUCGUACAUUGAUGCUUUCAAGUACGGGUGUCCGCCCCACGCUGGGGGCGGCAUCGGCUUGGAACGCGUGGUGAUGCUUUAUUUGGGGUUGGAUAACAUCAGGAAGACUUGCAUGUUCCCGCGUGACCCCAAACGAAUCACGCCGUAAAUUGAUACAAGACUAAUGUUUUAUAAGAAUAACUAAUAAACUUAUUGUUUCAACUUGUAUUUACAAAAAUUACAAUAAAAUUGAAUUUUA